AUCCGGCUGAAACAAAUCACCCCCCCGUCGAAACAUGGCUUCAGAUUACGAUAAAUUGUCCGCUACGUCGUCUUUAACCGGCUUGGAAUUGCAUGCUUCUCCACAAGGAAGCUUUCCCUCGUGUUGCACUCGCAUCUCAUAGUGCAGCCCGGCUCUUUAACCCGCGGCGGUUGUGGCUGCUUGUUUCAGCGUGGCCGGUGGGAAUUCUCCUUUGCGUGCGCGUGCCGCUAACUCCACCAUGGCGGAAAUUCGAGAGGGAUACAAUGCAAGCGUAGUACAAAACCGCACGACUGCCCUGAGUGUGAGGCCCACACCCGUCUCCAUCGUCACUCAUUAUGCUGUCUACCAACCCCCUUCUUCUGCCGCUCUUCGGCUCCGUUGCGAGCGCCGCCAACCUAUGGGCUAGCCAUUACUCGGGUACCCUCAACUACCUCACUUUUAGCGGAAACUCCUUGACUCUGAGCGGCUCGACACCUACCGGUAAUAACCUGCCAAGCUGGCUCACGUACGACCAUGCGGGAAAGGCCAUCUACGUUGCAGACGAAAUCUUCACGGGCCAAAGCGGGGGAAACCUUGUGUCCUUUGCUGUCGGCAACAACGGUACCUUGAGCUCGCAAAGAAAAGGCCCAACCCCUCAGGGUGUAGUUGCAACGACGCUCUAUGGUGGUUCUGACGGGCGAGGCUUUAUUGCCAAUGCUCACUACCAAACUUCGCAGCUGACGACUUUCAAGCUGCCGUUGGACGGCCAGCAGCCACUCCAGACAAUCAAGUACGUUGGCAAGAGUGUCAACCCUUACCGACAGGAGGCUGCUCAUCCCCACCACGCCUUCGUAGACCCAACUGGAGAUUUCCUGAUUGUACCUGAUCUUGGAUCCGAUCUCAUCCGGAUUCACAAGAUUGACAAGGCUUCGGGUAAGUUGACGGAAUGCACCCCCGCAAAGCCAGUUCCUGGAACCGGACCCCGCCACGGCGUCUUCUGGAAGCCCUCGGCGAAAUCUUCCCGAAUCCGACAAGCUGGAGGCAACACGGUUCUCUUCAUCGCCAAUGAGCUGUCCAACAGCAUCUCUGGAUGGGCUGUAUCGUACCCCUCCGGAGGGUGCUUGACCUUGACCCUCAAGCAAACAUUGACGCCAUACCAAGGCAACGCCACCGCCGUUACCGGCACCAAGGUCGGCGAGAUCCACGUCAAGGACCAAUACGUCUACAUUUCCAACCGAAACGACAAGAAGUUUAAUGGCCAGGACUCCAUUACUCAGUACACCAUUGAUUCCACCGGACGCCUUACCUGGACUGAUCUUACUUCGUCUCACGGCACCUAUCCUCGCACUUUUGACAUCAACAAGGCGGGUGACUUUGUUGCUAUUGGUGACCAGACCACUGCCAAUGUUGCUAUUGUUGCCAGAGAUGUCAAGACUGGUAAGCUCGGCCAGAAAGUAGGUGACUUGAGAAUUGGUGCUGCCGGCAGGCCUGAGAACGAGGACGGUCUGAGCGCUGUUGUAUGGGCCGAGUAAGCCGUAUUAUAGUAAGCACGCUGUGUGCCUUCGGUGGGAGAACCCUAUUCGGGAAGCUCGCGGGUAGACCCGGUUGUUGGAUAAGGUGUAUAUAUCAUAUUCGUGUUUAAACUUUGGGCUAGUUAGUUGAAAUUAUGAUAUUCGUGUUCGUGGAA